AUGCAGUCUUCAAUCCAAAGCCUUAUAAACCAAGAUGAAGAUGACGCAGACGCACUAUCGUGGUCUGUGUUUCGUAAAAUGUUAGUCUUUAUAUUAUUAUUAAUAGUUGCACCAUUAGGUUCUUAUUAUGCAUCAAAACAAUUGUUAUUCGAUGGUUUUUUUGAAAUGUCAAAUUCUAACAGCGAUUAUUAUGCAGUAUUUGUGACUGUUGUUGUGAUACAUAUCUUACUCAUUGGCUUUUUUAUUCUUGCAUUUCGUGGAUCACCCAAAAAGAAAUUACAUUGA